AUUUGAAUGAUGAUAUUUUAACAGAUACCUUAAGAACCCUUGUCAAAGCCAAAGUUCUAAAGCUAGUUAUUGAUAUUGACAGAGCCAUUCUUGAUAUUCUCAAGCAUAGUAAAACUAUGAAUAUUGAUGAUUUAGCCGAAAGAGUGAUUGACCGA